CUUUCAUGAUUCCCACUUCGCCUACAGAGCGCUGGCAGACCAUAUAAAAGCCAGUAAAUAAUUAUUAGAAAAUCAAGUUCGGCCACAGGUGGAUUAAUAAAACUGACAGAGUCCUAGUGAUAGGAAUUCGUUUUUGGCUCCUCCCCCUGAGAACAGAAUGGUUUGUUCCGCACCCGGAAGUGUUGAGGAAGAAGUUCUUUCAAAGUGGAGUUUUGCCUUUUCUUCCGCCCUAAGCUGUGAAUGGCUUUCGCCUGUUGCGCGCGAGCUCAUGAAUAUGCAGAUGUGAGUGGGCGGGGCUGUCCGCGAGGCUGUGUGAGAGUGGGGCAGGGCUGCAGGGUGCUGAACCGGGUCACGGACACCUUCACCGCCCGGGAGCACGAGCACUAACCCGGGGUCACCGAGUCCCAGCAGCAGGAAGUGUCCGGUGCGCGGGCUGCCAUACCGCACUGCUGUGUGCUAGCCGGGCCUGGGGUGAGCGGGCGGCAUGGAUCCACCGGCCGGGGGAGGGGGCCCUAUGGGACCCACCAAAAGCACCAAGGAAAAGAAAAAGCCGAAGAGCCAGGAAGAAGGAGGGGAUGGAAAGUCCAAAAAAUUUACUUUUAAGCGGCUCAUGGUAGAUGAGCUGGAGCGAUUCACAAGUAUGAGGAUGAAGAAGGAAAAAGACAAGCCGCAUAUCUCACACCGAAACUCUGCUAAUUACUCAGAUGCUGCCGGUCCCCUUCAGACUCUACAAGAGCUUCCAGAUGACACCAUUUUACAACUAUUUGAACAAAUGCUGGAUGAUAUGAACCUCAAUGAGGAGAAACGGCAACCGUUACGAGAGAAGGAUAUGAUGAUCAAAAGAGAAAUGGUUUCUCAAUACCUACACACAUCCAAACCGGCCAUGAACAAAAAAGAAAGCUCGAGGUCUCCGCAGGUAUACAUCCAGGAGCUGAAAUAUGGAGUGUCAGACGCCAAUCUACUGUCCUGCCUAGAGUCCCUGAGAGUUUCUCUGAAUAAUAAUCCUGUGAGUUGGGUGCAGAAUUUCGGUGCAGAGGGUCUAUCGUGCCUUUUAGACAUCCUGAAAAGACUACAAGAAGAGCCUCCGAUGUCCAGAGAUACAAAAAGCCAGCAUGAAAUUAUAAGGUGUUUGAAAGCGUUUAUGAAUAACAAUUUUGGUAUAAAGACAAUGCUUGAAACAGAAGAUGGAGUGCUCCUUUUGGCAAGAGCCGUGGAUUCCACUGUCCCUGCCAUGAUGAUCGACGCAUUGAAACUGCUUUCAGCGAUGUGCAUCUUGCCACAACCAGAGGACAUGCAUGAGCGUGUUCUCGAAGCUCUUACUGAAAGAGCAGAAAUGGAUGAAAUGGAGCGCUUUAAACCAUUACUUGACGGCUUGAAGUUUGAGACUUCAGUAGCACUGAAGGUGAGCUGUAUGCAGUUAAUAAAUGCUCUCAUCAUCCAAGGGGAAGAACUAGAUUUCAGAGUUCAUAUUCGUAGUGAAUUGAUGCGCUCUGGAUUGAGCAGUAUACUAAAGGAACUGCAAGAAAUAGAGAAUGAUGACUUCAAUGUACAGUUCAAUGCUUUUAUGGAACACAGCGAGUUUGAUUCUGAUGACUUAAGAAGUCGCUUGGAUGACAUCCGCAUUGAGAUGGAUGACUUCAGCGAGGUUUUCCAAAUUCUUUUGAACACUGUCAAAGAUUCUUCUGCGGAGACAUUAUUUCUCUCAAUUCUACAGCAUCUCCUGCUCAUCCGAAAUGAUUACGAUGCAAGACCUCAGUACUACAAGCUAAUAGAUGAGGUGGUAUCACAGAUAAUCCUUCACAAGAAUGGAGCUGAUCCUGAUUUUAAGUGCAAACGUUUAAAUAUAGAUAUUGAAGGCUUGAUUGAUCAUUUGAUUGACAAGAAGAAAGUUGAAGUGAGUGAGGCCAAAGCACGGGACUUGGUGAAAAAGCUGGAUUCUGAGAUAAUAGCCCGCCAUGAACUCCAGGUGGAAAUAAAAUCCAAGGAAAGUGACUUUGAACAGAAGUUUACAGAGCUCAAAGGAGAGAAACAAGAGUUAGAUUCGGAAAAGCAAAUACUUGUCACAGAGAAGGAAAAGCUGGAAUCGGACAUUGUUAAUUUGGCAGAGAAGGUUGACAAAUUGUCCAAGGAAUUGGAGGAUACAAAAAAGGAAAUGGCUUCAAUAUCUUCCUCAACUCUUAUUGUACCUGUUCCUGCUCCCCCUCCAUUACCAGGAUCAGCUACAUCUAUAGGAGCUCCCCCACCACCUCCUCCACUUCCUCCUUUUAUGGGUGGAGGUAUUCCUCCUCCACCACCUUUUUCAGGUGGUUCUUCACUACCACCACCACCUCCACCAUUGCUUGGUGCAACUCAUAUUCCACCUGCACCUCCAUUUCCAGGAGCACCUGGGAUCCCUCCUCCUCCACCAUUCCCUGGUGGCCCAGGAAUGCCACCUCCUCCUCCACCUCUUCCUGGUGGCCCAGGAAUGCCACCUCCUCCUCCACCUCUUCCUGGUGGCCCAGGAAUGCCACCACCUCCUCCACCUCUUCCUGGUGGCCCAGGAAUGCCACCACCUCCUCCACCUCUUCCUGGGAGGCCUGGAAUACCACCGCCUCCACCUUUCCUUGGUGGUCCUGGAAUUCCACCACCACCACCAGGAAUAGGAGGAGCACCACCUCCGCCACCAGGAUUUGGAGGCUGGGGUCAACCUGCUCCACCUGCUCUGCCUUUUGGAUUGGCUCCAAAGAAGACAUACAAACCCGAGGUUCAAUUGAAACGGCCAAACUGGUCAAAGAUUGCUCCUACAGCACUGUCAGAGAAAGCCUUUUGGACCCAGGCAAAAGAGGACAGAUUUGAAAAAGAGGAGCUGUUUGCAAAAAUAACCCUCACUUUCUCUGCACAGGCAAAGUUGAAAAAAGACCAGGAUGGCAUUAAUGACAAAAAAGCUGUUGGCAAAAAAAAGGCAAAGGAACUCAAAGUACUAGAUUCAAAGACUGCACAAAAUCUGUCUAUCUUCUUGGGUUCAUUCCGAAUGCCUUAUCAGGAAAUUAAGAAUGUGAUUUUAGAAGUAAAUGAACAAAUACUUACAGAAUCUAUGGUUUCGAAUCUCAUUAAGCAAAUGCCAGAACCAGAUCAGUUACAGUUAUUAGCAGAAUUGAAGAAUGAAUAUGAUGAUUUGUCAGAGCCAGAACAGUUUGGAAUUGUGAUGUGUGAUAUCCCUCGACUGCGCCCACGACUCAACGCCAUACUUUUUAAACUCCUUUUUAAUGAGCAAGUAGAAAACAUCAAGCCUGACAUUGUAUCUGUUACUGCUGCCUGUGAGGAGCUACAGAAGAGUAAGAGCUUUGCCACCCUCUUGGAGAUCACAUUGCUUGUCGGUAACUUCAUGAAUGCAGGAUCUAGGAACGCUGGGGCUUUUGGAUUUGAUAUUUCUUUCCUCUGCAAGCUAAAAGAUACAAAGUCUGCUGACCAGAAGACCACCCUGUUGCAUUUCUUAGCAGAGUCUUGUGAACAAGACUACCCAGAUGUAUUAAAGUUUCCAGAUGAGUUGGUCCAUGUUGAAAAAGCAAGCAGAGUCUCUGCUGAAACUUUACAGAAGAGUUUGGCUCAGAUGAAAAAGCAGAUUUCAGAUCUUCAGAAAGAGAUUGAGAGCUUCCCACCAGCAACAAAUGAAAAUGAUAAAUUUGUGGACAAAAUGACCAUCUUUGUGAAGGACGCCCAGGAACAGUAUACCAAGUUGUGCAUGAUGCAUGACCAUAUGGAAUCCCUGUUCCAAGAAUUAGCAACAUAUUUUGUAUUCGACACCAAGAAGGUCACUAUUGAGGAGUUCUUCCUUGACUUAUUCAACUUCCGUAACAUGUUUGUGCAAGCUGUCAAAGACAACCAGAAACGACGGGAAACAGAAGAAAAGAUGAAACGGGCCAAACUGGCUAAGGAAGAGGCAGAGAAGAAGAAGCAGGCGAAAAUGCAGAAGAAAAAUGAGAUAAUUGAUAUUAAUGCAGAGGGCGAUGAAACCGGAGUGAUGGACAGUCUGUUGGAGGCUUUGCAGUCUGGAGCGGCAUUUAAGAGGAAGAGAGCACCUCGACAAGCUAAUCGAAAAGUUGGAUGUGCUGUUACCUCCCUGCUAGCGUCAGAGCUAACAAAGGAUGACGCAAUGACAGCAAUGCCUGGUAAAAAGAAAAGGAACGUUGAACCUGAACUUCUUGAGAUGGACAUGGAGGUCCAUGAAGACAACCAAGAUAUGCUUACACGCUCCAGUUAGCCAACUGACUUGUAAAAGCAGAUUUUUAGAAAUAUAAGUAAAACGAUUAAAAAAACUGAAGGAAAAAAAAAAAACCCAGCUAAACAAAAUGCAGAGGCCAGGAUAUUUCCCACAUCAAGUCACAUUUAAUGUAUAUGUCAAGGGACUUGGGUUCCAUCUACAGAUUUCAUCAUUCAUAUCAGUAGCAAUGCAUAUCAGUGGUCAUGUCUCUAAAUAUCCUUUGUUUGAAAAUGUCUCUAAGGCAGAGAUGUACGCUACAUGGCACAUAAACCUUCUCUCUAAUAGGAAUGUACUGGACAUUGGAAUAGCUAGAUGUACAAAUUAAAGACAUUUUGGGCUAGCAGUUUGGAAUAAAGUUAUCAAGCCCAAUACAGAGUGGAUAGAGUGAAUUCAGUUUCACUAACCAAAGUAUAAACUACUGUAUACUGCCUUAAAAAUCACCUUCAUUUUUUAUUUUAUAUUUUGUAAUUUCCUACUGACCGAUAUUGAUAUGUCUAUAAUUUAAAUGCCUUUUUUUUCUCUUUAGGCUAAAGUCAUGGCAGUAUAUGCAUCAACACAGAAAACUGUAUAGGUCAAUGGUGCAUAAUUUUAAUUAGACAUAUCGAGUUCCUGUGACCCAUGAAUUAACAUAUGGUAUAGUGCCAUGCUUUAAGACUUCAUUUGGCAUACAUAAUGUAUUAAAAUGCUACUUUCUCAUCUUAUUCCUGUGAAGCAAGACUUUCUUUCGUAUAUGUUGGGAUGUUUAGGAACACUGGUGCACUUUUUAUUCUUUGCAUCAGAUUCAAUAUCUCCCUCAGAAGAUCUGAAAUUCAGAGGGCCAAAUCUUUGCGAUAUUUUCUCCUCUGUAGCACACGGGUUUAAGUUCAGUCUAUUACCUCUAAUACCAAAUGGUAAACUAGAUUAUUUUUUUUUUUUAAUGUACGUUUGCCAAGGACUAUUAGCUUGGAAGUAUUUAAACAUUACAAUUUUAUUUCUUAUUGGCUGUAGUUUUUCACCAUUGUAACAGAAUGCCAUAUGCAAACAACUCAGUUUUGUUUUUUCUUGCAAGGUCUGGCCAAUGACUGGUAUCACAAAUCAUCUGUUGUAUAGCCCAAUUCCUACAGCUCAGCUAACGCCAUUAUAAAGAUUAUCUGUGUAUAUUGCAACCACCACUGAAAAUACUGUAUUGCAUGAAUCACGCAUUUCCCUCUGCACAGCUAUUGUGUUUGAAAUCAGGGUUUUUAUUCCACUUGGUGACUUACUGUUGCUAAGCAAUCUCUUUGGAAAUCUAUUUUUGUAAUUUUUUUAAGCAAAUGGCUUGAAUGUAAAAAGGAAAAUAAUCUCUUGUGCAAUAAGCAGACUGUACAACACAUACAUCUUAUCACAUGUCAAUGUCAUGAAAAAAAAAAUCAUAGUUGUACCUGGUUUAAGUUCUCUGAGCAUCAAAAAGUGCUUAUAAAGAUUUCGUCGAACACUGCUAAAGAGUCCUAGUUCUUUAUGAGAUAGUAUUUUCUUAAAUGCUGGAAUGUAUCAUUAAAACUGCUGUCUUUUGUUCUAUACAUUAGAUAGGUUACAGAUUUAUACAUUUUACUGUGUUUAGAUUACACAUAAUAGCUUUAUUGUGUUUAGGUGUUUUGUGUUUAGGAAUCAAUAUUUUUAGAGGAGCUACUAAGAAAUCAGACUGGAAUAUUUUAGCUGCAAAUAUUAAGACUUUGUUAAAUGGACCUCGGAAUGGUUGCUCCACUUGUACUGUAUCAGUACCAAAUGGGAUAGUUGAACACAUAGGAAAAAGAAUAGCUGUAGCCAUAAAUAUGUUUCCCUGAUACACCCUUGGCAUAUAUUAGUGAUUUUUUGUUUUGUUUUGUAAGUAAUUUCAAUGUGUACAUACUAUUGCGCUGAAAUUGAAUAGCUAUGGCGGUUUUCUUUAAGCAGUGUUUUUAAUUUACAGUCAUGUGUUUCAGACAAAAAUAAAUCUUCCUCUGGUCUUGCUGACAACUGUUUAAGUUUAAAGGGUAACUUUAGACACUAAACUAACUUCAUCUACAUGAAGUUGUUUUGGUGCCAGGAGAUCCCAGAGGCACUCUUACCUCAGAGGGGGUUAAGCAUUCUCAAAUGGUUUAACCUCAACGUUGCCUCCAGCUGCACUUUGGGGCAGGCCCACUCACCAGCAGGCAGCAUCUGGCAUCAGAAUUUUCCACUGUGUAGGGUCAAUUUUGAUUUGCUGAUGCUCUAAGCCAAUCAGUGACUCCCCAUUCACAAAACUGGCUUGGAAAGAAACUUACCUUUUCCAAGCCACUUUUGUGAAUUGGGGGCCACUGAUUGGCUGAGAGCGACAGCUGACCACUUUCAGACAAUCAGUGGUGCCCUGCGAAUGGUUUAACCCCUUGAGGUAAGAGUGCCUUGAAGGGCCUCCUGGCACCAUAACAACUUAAUCUAGAUGAAGUUGUUUUGGUGCCUGGAGUGUCAUUUAAAGCAUAAACACCAUCUAGAAAAGUAUGUAGUAGCUGCAUAUCUCCCAACACUAGUAACUAUAAAAUAGUUGCUGGAUAGAUAUGUGGAGGGGUUGUCAGUCACCCUCGGAAAUGUAACAUGUAGGCCUAGCACCUAUUCCUAAUCUAAGCCAUUUUAGG